AUGGAUUGGAUUAACAGAUUAAAUAAUAUUCAAAACAAAGUAAGAUUUUAAUUACAUUCGCGUAAAUUAGAUGAUUUAGAGUCCGUAUACAAGCUAAUGAGCGAGUUCGACAAGGACAAUUCCGGAAAACUUGACAAAUACGAAUUCUAGAACUUUUUGAGUAGAAUCGGUGUAUUUUUAAGUUCCUAGGAACUCCGUGCUGUUUACGAUUAAUAUGAUACUAAUAAAGACGAGUAAAUAUCUUACGCUGAAUUUAUAUAAUUAAUCCGAACUUCUAUUUCUGAGAAAAGACUUGCAGUAGUAAAACACGCUUUUUAGUUCUUGGAUAGAAGAAAUAAUGGAAAAUUAAAUAUUAAUGAAUUAAUUUAAUUAUAUAGAGCAGAAGCUCAUCCUAGGGUUGUUACUCGUUAAAAAAGCGCUGAAUAGGUUAGAGAUGAAUUUAUAAAUGCUAUUUCUAAAAAAAGCUUAGAUGGAUAAAAUAUAAUUGAAAAUGAUUUCCUUGAAUAUUAUGCUGAUGUAAAUGCUACACUUCCAUAAGAAAAAGAAGAAUAUUUUGUUGAUAUAGUAUUAAAUACAUGGGGAAUAACAUCUUCUAUUGAUUAUGUUUCUACUGAAAGAUUAAAUGAUUUAGAAUUAAUUUUAUAUGAAAAAAUAAGACAAAAAACUUCAACGAAAAACGAUGAAGGAAAAACACUAUAAAGUGCUUUUAAAUAUUUCGACUUAUAAUCUAGAGGAGUUAUAGAUAUUCAUUAAUUUAAAUAAACAUUAGAGAAAUUCGGAUGUGUAUUUACAGAUAAAGAAAUCCAUGCAUUAUUUAAUAAAUAUGAUACAACUCAUUCCGGAAAAAUAUGUUAUGAUGAAUUUAGUUCUAUUUUUGCUACUUUAGGAAGUUAAAAUAAUGCUAAUGUAAAACCUAUAUUUGAUUUAGAAAGAUAACCACCUACUAUUGUCUUAGAAAAAAUAAGAAAUGAGUUUUAAAAGAGAAAUUUAUAUGCAUUUAGGGCUUUAGGAAGAGCUUGUACAAAAGCUGAUAAUUUCUUAAAUGGAUAUUUGGAACUAAGCGAAUUUUAAUGGGUUUUAAAAGAAGUAGAAUUCUAAUUGACGAAAACUGAAUUUAAUAAUCUUUUUAAAUAUUUUGAUAAGAAUAAUGAUGGAAAAAUUUAUUAUUAAAAUUUUAUUAAUUUGGUUAGAGGUAAUGUUUCUUAAUAAGUUGUAGACUCUAUUGCUUAGAAAUAUUCUAAUUUAUAAAGUUAAGGACCGGUUUCAGUUGCUAGUAUUGUCAGAAAUUAUAAUUCUUUGGCUGUUUAGGAAAUAUAUCAUACUAAAAAAUGUGCCUAAGAAUUGUCAAAAGAAUUCUAAGAUUAAUGGUAAAGUUAUGUUUCAUAACCAUAAGUUUCAUAAGAUUAAUUUGUUGAUUUCUUCGUAGAUGUGUUUGCUUUUAGCUAAAAUGAAGACAAAUUUUAAAAUUAUAUUCAAAAGGCCUUCCCUUGAAAUUUUUAAAGGAAAAAAUAUUUAUAUAUAUAAUAUUAACACUUUAUAAGAAAAAUUCAAAUAUUUUUAUAUAUAGAUAUUAAAAUUAUAAAAAUAAUAUAUAUAUAUAU